AACUUUGUGCUGCAUUUCUGAUCCAGGCUGCAGUUUGGGGAGAAAAUGGAGGCUCAUUUCAUCAUAUUUACCUCGCUCCUCCGUCUACAACGAGCCUUUCGACCGACGAACGGACUUUAAACGUUGCUAUUUGACGGGAUUUUACUCUCCAAUCUGAAGUUAUAUUCUCGCUAGGUCUUCUAUCACAUGGCGGAGAUUGGCAGCAUCAUGGUUUGGCUCCGCGGUGCCCUCGUGACCGGUUGCAUUUCCUGGAAUAAGCUGGAACCUGAGCCUUGAAAGCCACACCAUGGAAUGAGUGUAGUACCACACCUCAGCUUCAUCUGGCCCACCAGCAUCAGCAGGAAUCACAGACACAAAGAGAGACACAAACAAAUACGGGACACGGAGGAGGAGGACUCUCUGCUCCUGCCCGCUUUUUUUUUAUCUAUUUAGGUCAGCUAGCCAGAAAGAGAUCAUUUGGAGGGAGUGAGCGUCAGUGUGUGUGUUUCUCUUUUAGAGUAGGUGCCUGCCCUGGGCACUGAGGACAUGAGGCCAAAAACUUUCCCAGCUGCCCCCUAUGUGGGGAACACGCGCCAGAGGCUUCAGGAGAUCAAGGAGGGUCUGAAGCAGCCGGCCAAGCUUGUGAGCCAGGCCCUGCACGGGGGCAGCUCCCGGACCGAGGGCGGCAGAGGGGCCGACUGCAAGAGCGGGAAAGACACGGCCAGCCGCCAGCAGCAGCUUCGACCGCCACAGAAGUUUAACAACUACCAGAAUGCCCUUCGAGAAAUCAGAAAGUCCCUCAUGCCCUUUGCCAACGAGUCAGGCCCCUCUUCAGGGUCAGGACACCCUGCAGGAGCCGGGGAGGUGAACCGGCAGAUGCUGCAGGAUUUGGUCAAUGCCGGCUGUGACCAGGAGAUGGCUGUGCGGGCGCUAAAGCAGACGGGGAGUAGGAAUAUCGAAGCCGCCUUAGAGUACAUCAGCAAAAUGGGUUACCUUGAUCCCCGCAAUGAGCUCAUCGUCCGUGUCAUCAAGCAGACUUCACCAGGUAAAGCUGGCAUGCCAAACUCAAUGGACCACCGCCCUGCAUUAGAGGCUUCAGGGGAAGCGGGUGCCAUGCCUCCGUACCACCAGAUGGGGGCUCCAAUGUAUGACGGGGCAGCUGGUUACGGCCCUGAGGGGGAGAUGUCCAGAGCCUACAUGGGCGCUCCCCCUGUGAUGAACUACAUGAUGCCUCCUUCUGGUGCAGCACAGGGUCCUGCCAUGGGAAACCCGAUGGGUCGACCUCCCAGUAUGGGCAACUAUCCAGCGGUGAUGGCCCCCCAGGGCAACCAGCCCAACAACAUGUACCCUUCAGGGGCGCCACAGAAAGGCUACACCGGUGGUAUGGAACAGCAUGGCCCAAUGAUGAGCUACAACGUCCCUGGUCAGCCUCUGCAGCUCCAGCCUCAGCCACCAGGGGGCCCUGUUCCUGGUCCACACUAUGAUUAUGGCCAUACCAGGCCACACAUGAUGGAGCCCGCAGGUUAUGGAGUGAAGAGGACCGCCUCCUUUCAGAACAAGAUGGCACCGCCUCAAAUGGCGCCCCCUGAUAACUACGUCAACAUGCAAGGAAAGGGGGCCAUGGUUCAGAAUGGUCCUGGAGGAGGAGGCGGAGGUUACCCUGCAAACCUGUAUCUGCCCCCUCAUUCCCACCCACGCCAGGCCAGCCCCACGUCCCACCAGGUCCACAUGAUGUCCCGCUCCCCAGGUGGAGUCACAACCAUGGGCCCAGACUUUUCCGACAUGCCGCAGGGCUUGAUGACCCCAUCUAGGGCGAGCCUCAACCUGGACCUGUAUGAGCACCACUGGGCCGGGCCUCCAGGUCCAGAAGGGGCCCCUCCAGCUAGGCAGCCCCAGCCUCAGGGCCCAUUUAGGGGGGAGGUGCGGGUCCCCAGCAGAACCAACUCCUUCAACAAUCGCUCUGCUGGUCCAAAUGGUGUCCGACCAGCGAUGGCUGCUCCACCUCCAGCAGGAAAACAGGACCCCUCUUUGGGCCCACCAAACACCAUGACAGCUGUAACGUCCCCGCCCAUCCAGCAGCCAGUGAAGAGCAUCCGUGUGAUGAGACCAGAGCCAAAGACUGCCGUGGGACCCUGUCACCCAGGGUGGAUGACGGCUCAGACCCAGGAAGCAGCCGAGUCUCUGGGCUACAUGCCCGAGGAGACCUACCCUCUGGAGCCUGCUCAGGAGCCACGCUGCCCACCACCACCUUACCCCAAAAACCUGCUCAUGUCCGGGGCAGCUGGCGAGCCCGGAGCCCUGGAAGGAGCAGGAGACAUGUGUGGAGCCCCGCACCUGAAUAACCCUGCAGCCAGAAACACCCACGGCGGCAGUGGAGGGAGUGGAAAGGGCGAGGAGAGCCAGCAGUCGAAAGAGAAGACGAAGAUGGGAAAGGGAGAAAAAGCAGUGAAAGACAAGAAGCAGAUCCAGACGUCACCUGUGCCUGUGAGGAAGAACGGACGUGAUGAGGAGAAGAGAGAGUCACGCAUCAAGACCUACUCACCGUUUGCUUUCAAAUUCUACAUGGAGCAGCACAUAGAGAACGUGAUGAAGACGCACCAGCAGAAACUGAACCGCAGGCUUCAACUGGAGCAAGAGAUGUCAAAGGCCGGCCUAUCAGAAGCAGAGCAGGAGCAGAUGAGGAAGAUGCUGAAUCAGAAAGAGUCCAACUACAACAGGCUACGCCGAGCCAAAAUGGACAAGUCAAUGUUUAUCAAAAUCAAGACUCUUGGCAUCGGUGCCUUUGGUGAAGUUUGUCUGACCCGAAAGGUGGACACUGGAGCACUUUAUGCCAUGAAGACACUGCGCAAGAAAGACGUCCUCAACCGCAACCAGGUUGCCCAUGUGAAAGCAGAGCGGGACAUCCUGGCUGAGGCAGACAACGAGUGGGUGGUGCGUCUCUACUACUCCUUCCAGGACCGCGACAGCCUCUACUUCGUCAUGGACUACAUCCCCGGAGGAGACAUGAUGAGUCUGCUCAUCAGGAUGGGCGUCUUCCCCGAACCACUGGCGCGUUUCUACAUAGCCGAGCUGACGCUGGCCAUCGAGAGCGUGCACAAGAUGGGCUUCAUCCACCGAGACAUCAAGCCCGACAACAUCCUCAUCGACCUGGACGGACACAUCAAACUUACCGACUUUGGUUUGUGCACAGGUUUCCGCUGGACGCACAACUCCAAGUACUACCAGAAAGGGAGCCACGUCAGACAGGACAGCAUGGAGCCCAGUGACUUCUGGGACGACGUGUCAAACUGUCGCUGUGGUGACCGCCUGAUGACACUGGAGCAGCGCGCCAACCGGCAGCAUCAGCGCUGCCUUGCUCACUCCCUGGUGGGAACACCAAACUACAUCGCACCAGAGGUGCUGCUGCGCAAAGGCUACACGCAGCUGUGCGACUGGUGGAGCGUGGGAGUGAUCCUGUUUGAGAUGCUGGUGGGACAGCCGCCCUUCCUGGCCUCCACACCAACAGAGACUCAGAUUAAGGUCAUCAACUGGGAGAGUACUCUGCAGGUGCCGGCUCAGGUCAAACUGAGCCCUGAGGCGGUCGACAUCAUCGGUCGUCUCUGCUGCUCUGCGGAGGAUCGCGUGGGUUCAAACGGUGCAGGUGAAAUCAAGGCUCACCCUUUCUUCUCCCAGAUGGACUUCUCCAGCAAUCUGCGGCAGCAACCGGCGCCCUACAGACCCAAGAUCGCCCAUCCGAUGGACACGUCUAACUUUGACCCUGUGGAGGAGGAGGGCGGCCCAGGGGCAUGGAGCGACAGCGGGGACAGCACCAGGGCCUUGGACAUGCUCUGCUCGCCACACGGGAAGCACCCAGAGCACGCUUUCUAUGAGUUCACCUUCCGCAGGUUUUUCGACGACAAUGGCUGCCCCUUCCGCUACCCUAAACCUCCCGAGAGCUGCGAGGGGCCGCAGAGUAUCAGCGGAGCCGCCUGCAUGGGGCCGGAUGAGGAUGACGAACAAGAAGAAGAGGAGGAGGACGAUGAAGACAUGGGGGAGGAGGGAGAGCAGGGGGAGGGGUGUGAGCCGGUUUACGUCUAGAACUAUACCUGAGCGGCGUGUGUUUGUUACUGCCGACUAAUGCUCAUCCCCAGCCCAUGACCUUCCCACCUGCUCUACUUUCUGUCUGUGUGUAAAGGCUGCACAGGUGUGUCUGUGUGAGUUAAUGCAGAUCUGGCGUGUGUGAUUGUUGCAGGAGCAAGAUUGACAAACAUCGCCACCUUGUGGAAUCUAUAGUUUUUCCACAACGACUUCAAAAGCAAAACUCCCCUGAUCCGGGACCAAGAAACAACACUGACUACACAUCGGUGAAGCAUUGGCGGAUACAAGACUUUUAAGAAGAGGAUGUCUGGAUCAAAGAUGUCUGAUGUGAGGACUGCUUCCUUGUCCCAUUCCUUCCACCCUUGUGUCUUACACCCAGUAUUGGACAUGGAAAAAUGAGGAAUGGAAUCAGCUGAUUGCGAGGGAAAGGGGGGGGGGGAACUGAAUAAGGAGCACGCCUCAUUCACAGCUGCUGCAAAAUAAGCUACAAAGACACAUGCAUGCACGUGCACACAUUCACAUACAGUUAUCCUGUAAGGGUUAGGUGCAGGGUGGAAAAAUAGUUGUGUUGCCACAACGAUUGAAAGAUUUCAGUGUUCAUGUUAACGUUUCAUGAAGUCAGAAUACAUGGAGAACGUAUUCGAGCAAAGACGCAUCACAGAGACAUAGUUGUUCAGCAGAAAAGUUAGGCUCUGAGAUGAUAUGCGUCCCUUUGGCAACAUCAGGUUUUUUUUUUUUUUUCUGUGUCAUUUGAAUUGCUCAAAUUUGAUCAAAUUGAUCAAAUGUUAAAGAUCUACAUCCAUUUAGCGAAAAACAUUGUUUUCAUCUAAUAUAUCCAAAGCUGCCUCAUUAUGUGACAAUAAGGGUCGUCAUGCUACCAGAAUUUUAAAAACAUUUAGACUCUAGUAAAAAUCAAACCAUAUUUUCUACCUGCUUCGAUACCACAAAUACAUUUUAGCAAAACACCAGUUCUGUAUUUGUGCACUCUCAACUGUGCUCUCUCUCUUUCUUUUGGUUCAAUCUAUAACUGAAGAUCUGUAGUUUUUUAGUUUUUUUUUUUAAUCUUCGGCCCUUUAAGCUUCUAUCGAUUAGUAAAAAAAACUAGAUUUUACCUUUUUAAUCACGUGGUAUUGAAAAGUAUUAAAGUAUCAAACAUUUUGACGACCUUAGUGCCAAAUGUAGUUGAUCCAGUUUCCUGUUUUAGAUUCCUAAUGGAGCCUGAUUCUACUUCUCUCAGAGGUUACUGUUACAAAAACACUUGUUUUCCUGCAAGGCCUCCUGUUACUAUUUAUCUUACUCUGAGGUCUUGUACAGACAGCCAGCAAUAAUUCUUUUUUUUUUCCUGGCGUACACGAAUGGUUUUAAGAAAGUCCGGACCCUAAAAUGACCACAGAAAAAGCAGGUUUUGCAAAUCGACUUUGGAGCUCUUUUGAAACGCUUCAGAUGUCUCAGUCGGGAUGCUAUCCGAUUGCUCGUGAUCACGUUCUACUUCUUGUUUACCCAAGCUGCAGGUUGCUUCAAUGCUUUGUUUUAGGUCAAUAACGGAUCUAUAGACUGAAACUGCUUCAAGAAAACGUAAAGAAAUCAGAGCCGGAGAUGCUCAUAUGGGACUGAAUCGCUUUCUGAGGAUGAAAACUCUAACACACACUCACUAUGACGUAACGUCACCAGCCUCCUCCGGUCUCCUGGAGGCCGUCAUGACAACACAAAGCAACAACAACAAACGUGAUAGAAUGACUGAAUGUGCAAUACAAAAAAUACAUUAUCUAUAGUUUUCUAAACACUUAAUAUCUCUUUUUUUUGUUUUUUUGUACUGAAACGUACAAAUAUAUUGGUUUAUUAUAUUUUCUUUUUUCAGUUACAACAUGCUGCUUAUUAUUGUGGUUAAUAUUAUUUACAUUAUUAUUAUUAUUAUUAUUAUUAUAAUUGUUACAGUUGUUUUUCUUUGGCUUGAAGAAGUGUUGGCUCGAGCUGCCAUGUGUGCCUGGGUUUUUUUGAAAGUAAUGAGCUGUGUGCCUUUCUAAUUGAAUGUCGGCGUGCGCGUCGCCCCUCCACGACGAAGGAGACGCUGGGGACUAACGAUGACGAGCGGUGUGUUUUGCAGAAACAUGGAUGGUAGACUCCUUUCACCUCCUGCAGAUGGGCUGGCCCCGACUGCGGGAGAGAAAGGAUUCUAGUUCAGGGCGAGAGAUGGAUCAGAGGAGAGACAGAAGUUAAAAUGACGACGAGGAGAGAGGCAGGUUGGCUUCAGGAAUUGUAAUCUGAAAAAAAGAAUAAAUAGCUUUGUGUAUUUAACAAAAGCAGAACUUCAUCAAAGAGUAUCAGUUUGGUACAUUUUCUUUAUUUAUCCGAAAUGAGCACCAGUGUGAGUGUCCGUUCUUUACCACAGAGCUGUGCCAUGUCCUAGUUUGACAACACUAUCACCCCGUAUCGUCUUGCUUAUUGACAAUCAAACACCAUAACUGCUCUCGUUGAGUCGUGAUGAACUGUUUGGUCAUUUGAUACCAAACUGUUCCAACAGUAUUUAGUAUUGGACCGGGGGUGCUUCAGGAGUCACAACCUGUUUGAUUCUCUGAUGUGUAACCGGCAGAAUGAGUGAAAAUGUGUGGAUAAGAUUUGUUACGACAGAUUUUUUUUAUUUUUUGUUUUAUUUUGCUCGACAAUGUAUUGAAAGAUUGUUUUUUUCUGUAAAUGUGCCUUGUGUUCUUAAUGAGCAGCACAAUCUUAACAGAUUGCUUUCUCUUUAUAAUCUCUCCUUCACAGACCUCUUUUGCCUGUUACUGCUCUUCUAGAGAAGUGGACAGAGCAUGCUUCACACACACACAGGCUUUGAUUACAUGCAGAGCACAUCCUUCUUAAGUAACAGGCGCACGGAUCAGAAAAGGCAGAAGUCAGGAGGAGGGAAUUAGAGAGAACGAUGAACAACAGCUCAAGACGUUAAAGACAAACGUAAAGCUGCGACCGUGAGACUAAAUAAACAAGAAAUAUAAAUUGAAGAUAAAUGCAUUAUGAAAGUGGUUUUACUGGGGGCGACGGUAGCCUAGUGGUUAUUGCGUGCCCCCAGUACAGAGGCUCAUGUCCUUGUGAGCAGGUGGCCCGGGUUCGAAUCUGACCUUUGGCACCUUAACCUGCAUGCCGUUCUCCACUCUCUCCUGGGUUUCUGACUCUAUCCCCCGUCCUAUCUCUAAAAUAAAACUCUCAAAAAGAAAGUGGUUGAACUGGUGUUUUGAACUAAUGGUCGGGGUAAAAAAAGCCCUUAAACAGACUUAAAUAUGCCGUUUAACUGAGAAUUUUUCUUCAACUCAUUGCAGAGGAAAGGGGUCUAAAACAUUGGCUCUAUAGACGCAGAUUUCUAUUUGUACCGUCGGUGGUGGUAAAGCAGGAUGUUGCAUGUAAACAUUGCCAGUGUGGCCUGUAAGCAGUCCAAAUCAAUCAAACCAGUCUCUCUGAGAGUUCUGGAUCUGGAGGUGCCUCUCUCACGGUCACCGUCCUGAUCCUCAGAUUGAGUCAGAGCUGGUUUGGUUCUUUCACUUUUCCCCGUACUUCCUCUUUCAGCUGGUCCAGACGUGCCUUCACUCCUCUGAACCUCUCAGUGACUUUGUUGUUUUUGUUGAUAUCAGGUCAGACUGCUUCAUGGCUAAAAAGCUUUAUCAAAGAGUGUGUGAGGGCUUUCCUGGAUGUGUGUGUGUGUGUGUGUGUGUGUUUUCUGUUUCUAAGGUUUGAGAGUGAUGACUGACAAUCUUUUACUGACUUGAUAUCUUCACGAGACGUACCUGUGUAUCUUUUCAUUUUGUAUUUUUACUCUAAGGAGGAUUUUCCUUAAUGUAUGAUACAAUCCUGUUACUCUUGCCUUUAUAUUUAUACAGAUAUACAUAUUUUUUGUAUCUUUUUUUCCCCCUUGUGCUAUUGUUAAAUGUCUACGCAGUAUUAUCGAUGAUGUAUUGUGACAUCAGCAUGAUGUCGGCGAUCUCUUUUUUUUACAUUUAUGUAUCAAAUGAGAAUUUGUAAAAAUGCUUUCACAGUCCUCGUGUGUAAAAUGUAUGUAUAAAUUAAAUUAACCAACUUUGACGCC